CUGUUUGUGAAUGACGUAAUCAGCGUAAAACAAGAUGGCGACGACUUAACCGUAUAUCGGCGUGAACUAGUUUAUCGACGUCGUUGGCUGCCUCUCGUGAGGCUUCCGCGUUGUCUCACGGUUGUUCGGAACAAGAGUUGUCCUCUCGGUUACUUUAGGGUGUUGUGGGCGUAGCUGAACGCCACAGAAUAGCCGACCGGUCUUGUGUAUUCUCCCCCCUCCCGCGACCCUGCGGUGACAGCCGGGGAGGCGAGCUGCGACAGGACGUGAUGGACACCGGAGAGUACAUCUCCACCAUGGACAACAUGGACCCGACUCUAGCCGAACUGGGGGACGAAUUCACUCUGGGGGACAUCGACGAGAUGCUGCAGUUUGUCAGCAACCAGGCGGAGGACUUCCCCGACUUGUUUGAGGACCAGAUGGCGAUGGCGAGCACAGCGCCGAGUGGCGCCGCCCCCGCCGCCCCGCGCCCUGCCGUUCAGACCCCUCCAACUCCUCCGACCCCCAAGACGCCAGCCCCCGCUGUCUACCAGAGCUCCAGCGUCACGCUGUCUCCCCAGUCGAUGCCCCUCACCCCUCCCCUCACCCCCGCACAGGCUCCCUCGCCCUCGGCCGCCCCCGCAGUGCAGCAGCAGGUGACCCGCAGCCCCCCGCUCCUCCAGCCGCGGCCUCAGCUGGUCCAGCCCAUCCAGCCCCAGCCCCAACACACAACCCAGCCCACCAUCCAGUUGCACACCCAGGGGAUCGCCAUGCAGACCCAGAGCUUCCCGGUCCACACCCUGGUUCAGACCCACAGCCAGACGGGGAUGCCCAUCCAGACCCAAGCGCCCCAAACGGUGAUGAUUGCCUCCAACGGCGGGCAGUCCCGUUUCAUCCAGAGCCCGGUCAUCUGCCACCAUAACCCAGGCUCCAGUUUCCAAGUCCUCCAACCCCAGAUGCAGAGCAUUAUGACGUCACCGCAGAUGCAGCCGAUGACCAUUCAGCACCAGCGUGUUCUCACCCCAACCUGUCAGACCAUCCAGACGCUGUCUUCGCCCGCCACAGUCCACACUAUGCAGCAGCAGAUGCAGCAGGUUCCUGUUCUUGUCCAGCAGCCUCAGAUCCUGAAGACGGAUUCACUGGUUCUCACAACCCUGAAACCAGACGGCACGCAGGUGCUGUCCACCAUGCAGAGCCCUGCAGGGAUCGCCAACUUCACCACGCCCAUCCAGAACACGGCUCUGCAAGUUCCGACUUUGAUGAGCAGCAACAUCCUCACCACCGUCCCCAUGAUGAUGGGAGGAGGCGACAAGCUGCCGAUCAAGCAGCUGCAGCCAGGCUCCACUCACGCUGCACACAUGGCCCGAUCGAACAUGGAUCAGAGCCAGAUGAUGGGAGGUGUAAUGGGCCCGGGAGGGGUCGUGAAGGAAGGCGAGAGGAGGACGACGCACAACAUCAUCGAGAAGAGGUAUCGCUCCUCCAUCAACGACAAGAUCGUGGAGCUCAGAGACCUGGUGAUGGGCAAUGACGCAAAGAUACACAAGUCAGGAGUGCUGAAGAAGGCCAUUGACUACAUCAAAUACCUACAGCAGGUUAACCACAAACUACGGCAGGAGAACCUGGCCCUGAAGAUGGGCAACCAGAAGAACAAGGCUGUGAUUCUGUCUGAGGACGUGGAGCUCAAAGAGGAAAUAGUGAUGAUGUCUCCUCCGGCCUCGGACUCUGGUUCUCCUCCCCAGUUCUCCCCCUACUCUGUGGACUCAGAGCCCGGCAGCCCCCUGCUGGAUCACGAGCAGAUGAAGAUAGAACCAGACUCUCCCCCCUCGGUUGGAGUGAUGGAUCGCUCUCGACUGCUCCUCUGUGCCCUGACCUUCUUCUGCCUGUCCCUGAACCCGCUGCCCUCUUUGUUGGGCUCUGACGACUUGGGGGGCCCCGGCCUACCUGGAGGCCACGGGCCGUCCAGAGCGCUCGCCUGGUUCCCGACUCCCACGCAGGACUUUGCUUCCUGGCUGCGGUGCCUGUUGCCGUGGGUGAUGGUGUGGGUGCUCAGCGGGGUGGGAGCCGUGUGGGGUUGUGUCAGGGUGCUCUACCUCUGGGAGCCUGUCACACCCCUUCACUCCCCAAAAUCUGUGUCAUUCUGGAGGCAUCGGAGACAAGCAGACCUGCAUCUCAACAGGGGGGACUAUACAGCGGCGAUGGGCAGUUUAGAGACUUGCCUGUCCGUCUUGACUCGAGCGCUUCCCUCCACCACCCUGGACCUGGUCUGCUCGCUCUCCUGGAACCUCAUUCGCUACGCCUUGCACCGACCGACUCCUCUGGGUUGGCUGGUGCAUCAGGUCGGGGGGAAGCACGAGGGGGAGGAGUCCAAGACCAGCGCUAAGGACGCAGCGCUGGUUUACCACCGGCUGAGCCAGCUGCAGCUCACAGGAAAGCUGCCUCAGCGUAACAGCCUCUGGGCUCUGUCCGUGUCUCUGAGCGCGGUCAACCUCAGCCAGAGCGCCCAAGGCAAGAUGGCCCCUGCCCAGCUCACCCAGAUCUACGUCACUGCAGCAACAGCCCUGCGCACCGUGCUGGGCCACCACCUCUCCUGUCUGCCCGGUUACCUGUUGAGUUGCGCGGAGAGUGUGGCCAGCCAAUCAGAGACCAGGCCAAUCCCCGACUGGCUCUUCACCCCAUUGGGCAGGCAGUUCUUCCUGAGUUGUGAUUGGUCGGUGAAGUCGGAGAGCAGCGACGGGGUGUACACGUCUCAGAGAGAACCAACCGACCCCAUCGCCCAGCUGCACCGCUGUUUCUGCAGGAAGCUUUUGGAGCGAGCCGUUCACACUCUCAUCCAGCCGCAGAGCGACUCCGACGCGGCCAAACGCCACAGCGACUCUGGGGAGUUCUCCAACGCGCUGGAGUUCCUCCAGUUGUUAAACAGCUGUACAGAGGACUCUCCGUCCCCUCCGUCUCCCUUCUCGUCUCCUCCCAAUCACACCACCACCCCAGUGGGAGACCCGGUGAGCCGUUGGUGGGCUCUGGUCCUGAAGGCCACCGUGCAUUGGCUGCAGGGCGAUGAUGUCGCUGUGAGGUCACUGUUGGUGGAAGCAGAGCGGAUGCCGAGGGCUCUACACACUCUUGACCACCCUCUGCCAAAGGCUGUGCUGCUGCUUUGCAAAGCUGUGCAGAUGAGCCUGCCUCCUCUGAAGGGAGAGGGGGCGUUAGCCUACCUGUCCCACUGUGACAGAGCCAGCGGAUACCUGCGCUCCAGCAUCUCGGUGCCGGUCGCUCAGACCGGGAACUGGCUGAACAAGGGGGUGGAGCUACUGAUCUGUGACCUGCUGCUGUCCUUGAGGACCAGUUUGUGGCAGCGGGGAGGCAGCAGUAAUGGAGAACCUGGCCCGGCUCCUGGAUCCCAGUUGGCUGGUUUCCAGAGGGACCUCAGCGCCCUGAGAAAGCUCACACAAUGCUACAGACAAGCACAACACAAGGUGUUUCUCCAUGAGACCACCGUGAGGCUGAUGGCCGGAGCCAGCCCCACAAGGACACACCAGCUGCUGGAGCACAACCUCCGGCGCAGGACCCACAACUCCUACACAGCCGGUGACAGCCUCCUGGGGGAGAGGGAGAGGGCUCAUGCCAUCCUGCUGGCCUGCCGCCACCUGCCCAUGCCGCUGUUAACCCCGCCCGGGCACCGCGCCCGCCUGCUGGCCGAGGCCAAGCGCACCCUGGAGCGGGUGGGAGACCGUCGCUCCCUGCAGGACUGUCAGCAGAUCCUGCUGCGUCUCAGCGGGGGCACAACCAUCGCUGCCUCCUGAACACACACACACACACACACACACACACACACACACACACACACACACACACUGCUAGAUAAAACAUACACACACGUGUAUUAGGGCUACUCACAAUACAACAAACUCUGUAAAGAUAUAAACCAGGCUACUCACCCACACGUAAGACUCUUACUCUCAAUUGUCUGCUUGGCAGGUUCAACAUCAGCUCCUCUUUGAUGCUCACUUUCGCUGUUGCAGCACAAUCGCGCCCCCUUCUGGUCAUUAAUGGUAACGUGCUGGUAUCUGCGCUCAUUUUUCAGUGAUUCACAACAAAGGAAAUCAGGUUAAAUAGGCCCCAAAGGGAAAAGGGAUCACUAUCUGAUAGUGAUUUAAAUGAAUGCAUUGCAGCAACGCAUUGAUAGCUGUAGGCCACCAAGCUGUACAAUCAGUGCUGCAAUAACUGCUACGUGUCAUUGAGCUUGCACACUUCAAUUAGGGGCGUUGGAGUUUUUGAGGGUAGACGGCCAAGGUCUGCUGUGCACGGCUGAGCUGUAGCAUGCACACGGAUAGAUUAGCACGCUUCUAAACACACAGAGCUGAGUAGCGUCUCUUCUUAUCUACCUCACACACUGUGCACCGAAGCACCAUGUCGGUUAUACUAAAUAUGAAACAAGUGACCAUUUGAAGAGGUGCCUCAAUGCAGUGCAGCGUCAUUCCUCUAUAACCUUGCUGAGCUGCUUUAUGUACGCUUUAGGAUGCAUCAGUACAGUUGCUUUAGGAAUUUGGUUUGCAGCCGCAGAGAGUGCAAAAGCAAUAGAGAGCUGCUGCUGACAUGCUUUGUUCUUUCUAACAAGAAUCAGAGGACUCACACAGAUGCUUCUGCGUACUAUUCCAUAUUCAAUUAAUUUCAUUUGAACUCCCAAUGUGAUUGUAUAUAGGUUGUACAUAGGUAGACAAACCGGAUUAGAAUAAACAGGAAGUCCUUACUUCUGCUUGAGAGGACACGUAUCAGAGAAAGAGCUGCAUCGAGCUUCCUGUCAGGAGCUCUCACCAGCUGCACUAAAGUGAUACUCUAACCAAAUCUUUUUCCUAUCAAACUCUCACCUGCUAUCGUCUUACAAGGUGGCCUCAAAACAGAAAGAAACCCAGACAAACAUCCAUGAAAGUGAGCGGUGAGCAUAGUGUGAGCCGAACACCGAGCACACAGGCGUGAUGGGGAAAAGCUGUAGAUGCUGGAGGAUCACUGGAGGACAUCUGAGUGAAAAGGGGCCGAACGUAGUGAUAACGGUGAAGGAUGGGAUGUAAAGCUCUAGCGCAAAAUGGCCUUCAUGUAAUGUAAAGAAUUAUUUUAUUAUGUUUCAUCACAAGGGAAAUGAUGGAGGAGUUGUAUCUUUGAGAGGUCUUCGUCCAAUUAGCUUUUUAUUUGUAAAUGUUGACUUCCACACGAGCCUGAGCUUCUGUCAUUCCUGUUUCUGUGCACUGGGUUUUCUUAUUUAAAGGUUAUGUAAGAUUAAUGAGUCUGGUUAUGUUUUAUAUCAAUAGAAGCCCUCUUGAAUCAGAAACACAAUCUUUAACAGGACGAUUUUGGUCACAUUUAAACAAGCCCAACAUUUUAGACUCUUUCUUUCUUUCUUUAAAUGCACUCAAACACACAUGAAUGCUACUAGAAUCAUGCUCUGCCUUCCAGGUGUAAGUUAGAAACCUAAAGAGUCCUGAAUAUAUUUUGGUAUGUUUGCAGAGGAGCCAUCUGCAGCCUGGAGGUUUUGCUGUCAUUAGUUAUGUUACAAUGGUUUUAUUUUUUGUCUUUCCCUUUGUUGUGUUAUAUUGUUUGACUUGUCCAUCUGGGUUUCAUUUUGAUGUUUGUUUUGUAAUAAAACAACACAUGAUAGUG